CCAAGAUGGCGGCGACCAUCGGUGCGGAUUUCACGGAACCGCCGCCGAAUAUUUUCUAUUUUCGGGACCCGAAGCCGGUGGCGGAUCCGAUCGACGAUCCGGGAAAGAUCCCAGGAUGGAGUCCGGGCCAGGUGCCUCUGGUGGUGGAUAACGGGUCUUUCCAGUGCCGGGCCGGCUGGGCCCUGGACCCGAAGCCGCGGCUUCAGUUUAAAAACGUUUCGGCGCGGAGCCGCGGCGCCUCCCGCAGCGACACCCAGGUCGGCAACGACAUCCGCAACCUGGAGGUGGUCCGCUGGCUGCUCAAGUCCCAGUUCGACAGGAACGUGGUGGUGAAUUUCGACCUUCAGGAGCAGGUGUUUGACCACGUGUUCCAGCACCUUGGCAUCACCUCUGAGUUUUGCGUGGAACAUCCAAUUGUUUUAACAGAAGCACCAUGUAAUCCACUGUAUUCACGACAGUUGAUGUCUGAGCUCCUGUUUGAGUGCUACCACGUUCCCAAGGUGUCAUAUGGAAUUGACGAUCUUUACAGCUUUUGGCGCAAUAACAAACACCCCGCCACUGGAUUGAUUGUUUCCUCUGGGUAUCACUGCUGUCACAUUCUGCCUGUGCUGCAUGGCAGGUUGGACGCUCAUAACAGUAAAAGGAUUAAUCUGGGUGGAAGCCAGGCAGCAUCAUACAUGCAGCGACUGCUGCAGCUAAAGUAUCCUGGCCACUUGCCGGCUAUAACACUCAGCAGAAUGGAAGAGAUUCUCCACGAACAUUGUUACAUUGCAGCCGACUACAUGGAAGAGCUCAACCUGUGGAAGCAGCCGGACUUCUAUCAGAGAAAUAUACACAGGAUGCAAUUGCCCUUCAACAACAAGCUGCUGGCCAGCACUUUGACUGCCGAAGAGAGGAUGGAACGGAGGCAGCAGCAGAUUCGCAGGCUACAGGAGCUCAAUGCACGGCGCAGGGAGGAAAAACUACAGCUCGAUCAGGAAAGACUCGAGAGACUGCUCAGCAUCCAGGAGCUUUUGGAAGAAGGCAUGACUGAGCGCUUCAAGCGAGCUCUGUCAGAAAUGAACAUGGAUUCUGCAGAGGAGCUGCAGUCGUACGUGAACAAGCUCAGCCUGGCCAUCGAGCAGACCAAGCAAAAAAUCCUACAGGCGGAGGUGAAUGUGGAGGUGGACGUUGUUGACACGAAGCCAGAUGUUUCUGAUCUGGAUCAGGUGCUGAGUUGUGAUCAGUCAAUGGACGAGUUGGAAGGAGUGAAUGAGCUGGAUCAACUUUUCCCUGAGUAUCAGAAUGACUUUGGAAAGCAAACCAACGUAGUUCAGCCAGUUGGACAGAUGUUCAAUCUAGCUGAAUACCAUCAGCUGCACCUGGGCAGUGAGCGAAUCCGAGUUCCUGAGAUUAUCUUUCAACCAUCUUUGAUUGGUGAAGAGCAGGCUGGUAUAGCAGAAACCCUGCAAUAUGUCCUGGACAGAUAUCCCAAGGAUCAACAGGAUGAGCUUGUACAAAAUGUGUUUCUUACUGGUGGUAACGUCCUAUACCCUGGGAUGAAGACCCGGAUGGAGAGGGAGCUACUUGCCAUGAGACCAUUUCAAUCCACUUUCCAGGUAACCAUGGCUGCCGAUCCUGUUCUGGAUAGCUGGUUAGGUGCACGGGAUUGGGCUGUUGAGUAUAAGGGUCAAGCUGAGGGCUGGAUAACCUUAGCUGACUAUGAAGAGAAGGGGGGAGAGUAUUUAAGUGAACAUGUUGCUUCCAAUGUUUACGUGCCAAUGAGCCUUACGAAACCAACUUAAGAGUGCUGGUAUGUAAAAGGACUCCAGGACACAUUUAGCUCUUGACAUUUCUUUUGCUGGAAAGAAAAAGAAGGCCUUUUUAAUUCAAAGGUUUGAAAUUUUCAGUAUAUUGCAGAGUGUACAAAAUAAAUACUUUUUGUAACAAGA